AUGGUCUACUAUGUUCGGUUCUUGAAAACCCCAAGGAUCCAGCAGCAGAAAGGGUCCAUCUACCUCUCCGCUCUUAUCUGCAUCACCACUGAUUUGGGAGACUGUUUUUUCGCUGAAGAUGUUGAUUUGAUGGUGAUAGCCCGUGACCAUUCCUCUCGGGCCCUGUUUGAGAAAACGAUAAAAUGGAAUGCCAGUAAUCGCGAACUUGCUAUUACAUUGGGUCCUCUCCCAUCCAAUCUGGCCCAGCAGUCCAUGGUGUUGACGGUUCAAGUGCCGAACCUACCAGGAUAUUCUGUAUCCCAGUAUCCUCUCAUACCAUUAGUGGUUGGUGCAACAAGUGCUCCAUUUGGGUCUCGAUCUGUGCCAGCGGAGAAGCUGGUUCAACGACAGAUUCAAUACAGCGGCAAAGCAGUUCCCAUACAAAUAUGGGAAGAGACAGGAAAUAGCAUUGCUCGACACAUAUGGGAUGCGGGCCUCGCAACAGUUACAUAUCUUCACAUGAUCUGUGAUAAUAUAAAGACGGCCCGUAAUGGCAGCCAAGGAACUGAACCUAAAAUACCAGCUUUGAAACACGUCCUAUCCAUCGACCGCAGCCAGCCUCUUCAGGUCGUUGAACUAGGUGCCGGAUGUGGGAUAGUGGGAAUUGCAUUGGCAACAAUGCUUCCCAACUGUUCGGUCAUACUCACGGACCUCCCUGAGGUCGAGGACAUAGUAACACGCAAUAUUAAUGCUGCCCAACUCGCAGCCACGUCCAGUCUUCGCUAUCAAAACCUCGACUGGGACGACCCACCAGAUGAGCUCUGUCCCCGGCCCAUUGAGCUCAUUCUUGUCUCUGAUUGCACCUACAAUGCAGACAGCCUGCCAGCGCUAGUGUCUACGCUCGAUCGAUUGGUUCGGACAUCUUCGGAGGCAAUCAUUUUGGUGGCUUUGAAAAGACGACAUGACAGCGAAACGGUGUUUUUCGACUUGAUGCGGUCGGCGGGAUUUACGGCGGUGCAGGACAGCGUCGAGAUCCCCUCGCAACACGAUGAUGUGGAUGAGAUUGAGUUUUACUGCUACAGUCGAUCAACCGGGGGAAAUAGCAUAUAG